ACCAUAGUGCCAAAAUCAGUCACUAUGGACGAUCUAUUGCAACUAGUUACAUAGUUAAACACCAAUAGAUCAACCUCAGAAACCUCAAACCAAGCCAUCCAAAUUUCCGAAAAAUUAAACCACAAUAAUUAUACUAAGUGGUCAAAGCUAAUGCAACUAGCGAUUGGUGGACGGGGAAGGCUCAACCACAUCACGGCCGUUCCACCGUCACCAACCGACCUAGAGAUUGUUAAAAGGACUCAAAGGGACUCUAUUGUCAUAUCAUGGAUAAUUGACAAUAUUGAACCAGAAUUACAGAAUCAAUAUCUCGAUUAUCCAACAGCAAACGAGUUAUUGAAGAGCAUCGAAAUAAUGUACGGAAGUGGCAGGGAUGGUUUACAGAUCUUUGAUCUUAUGACCAAAGCGAACAAAAUCCAGCAAGGGUCAGACGCAAUAGAGGUGUAUUACAGUAAACUCACCUCAAUUUGGAAAGAAAUAGAUCGGAGAUUGCCAAACCCUAUGAAAUGCUCAGAAGAUAAAACAGUUCACAACCGUAUGGCGCAACAAAACCGCCUCUAUCAGUUUCUUGCGGGACUCGAUGAGGCUCUUGAUAAAGAUCGAAGAGAUCUGAUUAAUUCAGACCCUCUUCCAACAAUUGAAGUAGCAUAUGCAACAAUCAGGAGAGAGAUUUCUCGAAAGGAAAUCAUGAAAAAGGAAAAAACCCCAACUGAAGACUCCGGAAUUGGUAGUGGACUUGCGACCAGAGGAAAACCAGAAAAACCGAAGUUCCGGCGGGACGAUGAGCAAGCAUACCUCCAGUGUACCCACUGCGGGGGAACCCGACAUACAAAGGAGGGUUGCUUCAAACUCAUAGGGUACCCGGAGUGGUGGUCUGAACGGAAGAAAAAGGGGGAAAAUCAAAGAAGCGGGAAAGCAGCCUAUGCCGGUGAGUCGUCGGCCGGAGAGAAAGAAGAAGGGGGACUUGCGGCUGCCAUUGUUAGCACAGGUAUGGAAACUGGAAAAGAAAGGAAGGAAGGAUUCUCAGACAGGGAGGAUCAUUGGGCGUGGUACUGAGGAGAAUGGGUUGUAUUAUGUUGAUCGGGUGCCUCAAAGUGGUUGUGCAACUUUUGUUCGCUGAUCGGUUGAGCAUCAACUCUGGACGUGGCAUCGCCGACUGGGUCAUCCAUCUUUAGGGUAUUUAAAAAAAAUUGUUUCCUUCCCUUGUUAAUGCAAAAUUAAAUUUUUAUUGUGAGGCAUGUAUGUUAGCAAAAAGUCACAAACAUUAUUAUCCUAGUAGCACUACCCGGACUGAAAAACCUUUUGUUUUGAUUCAUUCUGA